AUGCCAUACCUAAUACCACACCCUUCCGACAACAAACCGAAGAUUGAUUCACGAAUUCUCAUAGGAGAUGCACCUCUGGAUGUCGAACCGAUUGCACCAGCAUCAGUGACGACCCUUCCACAACUAUUUCAACACAAAGCAAGAACACAGCCCAACAGCAUUGCCUACUCCGUCCAGACCGAAAAUGGAUUGCACACCAUAACAUACGCCGAAGCAGACGCCAAAGCCUCAUCACUGGCCAAUUGUAUCGCAGCACUCUCUCAACAUACCGAAGAUAACAAAGCACCGACAGUGGCCAUCUGGCUAGAAAAGGGGGUCGAUCUCAUUCUCGCCAUCCUUGCAACAACAUAUUCAGGUGCCACAUGGCUUCCGCUGGAUCCCGAUGUCCCUGCCGAGCGUGCUGCUGUCUGUGUUGUCGAUGCUUCAGUCUCUCUGAUCAUCUCUGAUGCUACACACGCUGAUCAAGUCCGAGAAGUACAAGAACGAGUCGCAACAACGAAUCGGGAUACUGGAGUACCUAGCCUUCAGUGUCGCACUAUCUCUGAACUGUCUACAGAAGCACAAUCACAACAAAUUCAGAAUGCAGCUCCAAUACCUGGUCCCCGACCACAAGAUGCUGCCUACCUUAUCUAUACUUCAGGCACUACUGGAAUGCCCAAGGGUAUCGCCAUUCCACACUCUGCUGCACUGAUGUUCUCUCUCAGUGAGCGAGAAGUCCUGGAAACAAGCUCGAGUGACAUCGUCUGGAAUGGCUUCAGCCCAGCCUUCGAUAUGUUUGUCGAAGAGAUGUGGGUGACUAUUGCGGGAGGAGGUCAUCUCGCUAUCGGCACUCGUGCUGAAUGCAGAGACGUACCUGCUCUGCCUGCAGUCUGGGCGAAACGUGGUGUCACGGUUGUCAAUGCGGUACCGACUCUCAUCGGCAUCAUGAACAUCGCACGAUCUGACGACGGUGACUCUCUUCUUCCGUCAUCUGUCCGUCUCAUCAACCUCGGUGGCGAAGCUUGCCCACCCGCACUGGUGAAGAGCCUCGCGAAGCCUGGCCUUCGCAUCAUCAACACAUAUGGUCCAACCGAAACUACCGUCACUGCCACUUGGGAUGAACUCCAACCCGAUGUUCCUGUCACCAUCGGCAAGCCGCUGCCCGGAUACCACGCCUGUCUACUACCAAUCUCUGAAGAUGGUCCUUCAGCUGCUCUCGAACUCCUCGAGUGGCAAGAAGGUGCUGAAGGAGAACUUGCCAUCGGAGGUCCUUGCGUUGGCCUUGGCUACGUCGGACGUCCUGAUUUGACAUCACAGAAGUUCAUCGCUCACCCUCUAAGAAGUGAGAACUCAGAGAAGAUCUACCGCACUGGUGACCGUGUACGACUGCAGGCUGAUCGCAAAAUCAUCUUCCUUGGUCGAAUCGACACCCAGGUGAAGCACCGUGGAUUCCGUAUCGAGCUUGGUGAGAUCGAAUCGCGGCUCUACGACGUACCGGAUGUGCAAGCUGCAGCUGUCAUCCUAGCCAAUGCUGGCUCAGAAUCUGCUCGUCUCGAGGCUUUCGUGGUUCUCAAGGACGGUGCUGCUCGUGAUACCGCCACAAUCCACCAGAUCGCGUUCGACAGUCUGCCAGCCUACAUGCGUCCAGAGGAAAUUUUCUUCAUCGAAGCGGAUGAGAUGCCUCGGCUACCCAGCGGCAAGAUCAACGGCAAAGCUCUACAAGAGGUCUCGAAACGUAUCAACGCCGAGAGGGCAGCUGCGCGUUCAAAUAACGAUGAAGAUGACAUCUCAUCUUCUCCUUCCUUCGACGAGAUGGACGGUGUGCUGGGCUUGUUGUUGGCUACCCUGUCCCCAUUGUUCCCUGGAGCCCGCGUUCGACCCGAAAACGAUAUAUUCACCGAUCUUGGCGGACACUCGCUGAUAGCAGCAAUUUUGAUAUCGCGGUUGCGACAGGCGAAGCUUGACGGAGAUGAAACUCGUCCUUUCGCUUCCAUUGGACUUGCGGACAUUUACGAGCUCCGUACACCAGCCAGACUUGCAACUCGCUUCGAAGUUGUAGAAAAGAGCAAGGAAUUCUCCAUCGAUUUGAAAGAAGUCGAGUCGCUUGACAGUGAGUUUGAAGGUACCGGCUCAUGGACCGGUGACUACUUGCCUGUAUCGCAAACAAAAUACGCCCUUUGCGGUAUAGCCCAGAUCUUGCCGCUACUGUUCAUCUUCUUCCUACAAUCUAUCGAGAUUCUGGUUCCUUAUCUGUUGUUCGACUUCCACGCAAUUGCUGGUCGCAUCGGCUGGGCCAUUUUGACAGCCUAUGGCGUUUUCGUGGUCAUUCCACCUGGCUUGAGCAUGGUGGCUAUUGCAGGCAAGUGGUUGAUCCUUGGCAAGUCACAGCCUGGCGAGUAUCCUCUAUAUGGAUUCUACUACUUCCGUUGGUGGUUUGCGGAUCGUCUGACCUCAUUGGCCAACCCAAAGCUGAUGGCUGACUCUGGGCUGUACCCGAUCUUCCUUCGAGCUUGUGGUGCGAAGGUUGGAAAGUUCUGCCAUCUUGGUCCACUUCAGGUCGGACCGUGUGCUGAUCUCAUUGAGAUCGGAGAUGAUGUCGUGAUUGGUGGCGAUGUUGUUCUAGGUGCCUGUGUGGUCGAGAGAGGACGCUUGAUACUCCGAAGAGUUGUCAUCGAAAAUGGUGCAACCAUCGGAUCGCGCUGUGUCGUUGAAGGUGGCGCCAUCGUCAGUGAGGAAGCAGAUGUUGCAUCACUCUCCCUGGUACCCUCUGGCAUGAUCGUUCCCAGUUUCCACAAAUUCCAUGGAUCGCCCGCACGUCUGGACAAAGUGAAAAAUGCUGAAGAUUCUCCUCGGCCACAAGACACCAGACCUUCGAAGGCUCGAGCGACAGCCAUGCUAAUUGGCAAUUCGAUCAUUGCAUUCCUGGUACUUCCUCUGCUUUACUUCGUGCCCCAAAUUCCAGGUUUGAUGCUCUUCGACGUUCUCAACAUCCGCUCCGUCAGCGGUUGGGGACAAGUGGCCAUUCUCUCUGUGCCGAUUGCUUUCGCGUACCAGAUCAUUGUCUUCUUGCAACUGCUGGUAUUCCGCUAUAUCUUCCUUGGACGCCUUGAAGAAGGUACCUACAGCACCUACAGUGUGUUUUACCUUCGUAAGUGGUUCAACGAGAGACUGAUGGAUCUUGCCCUGGAUGUACUGCACCCUGUCUUCGCUACACUCUAUAUUGUUCCCUUCCUCAGAGCUCUCGGUACCAAGAUCGGCAAACGCGCCGAAGUCUCGACAGCUCGCAGUGUCAACUUUGGGCUGCUCGAAAUUGGCGAAGAGAGCUUCGUAGCUGAUGCGGUCAUCAUGGGAGAAGGUGUGAUCAAGAACAACCAAUUGACUCUGAAGAAGACAAAACUCGAGCCUCGUGCUUUCGCUGGCAAUGCUUCUGUUCUGCCUCAGGGUACUACGCUCGCAUCUGGUACUUUGCUUGGUGUACUUUCCAUUGCUCCACCAGCAGAUACCCAGAUGGCCAACAACAGCUCAUGCUUCGGUUCUCCACCAGUACUAAUGCCUAACCGUCAGCGCGCUGAAGGCCAUGAGGACAAUCUUCUCUUCCGGCCAUCUGCCGGUCGCAUCGCUGCAAGACUGCUCAUCGAAGGCCUUCGCAUCGUCGUACCACGCGCAGUUAUCAUUUUCGGUCUGGGCUUUGGACUGCAACUAGCCCACGAUGGAUACCACAAGAUUGGUGCGGUCUACACUCUACUCAUGCUGCCCUUGUUCUAUGUUGUGCUAUUCGCAGCACCAGCCUUGUUGUUCACAGCUCUUCUCAAAUGGAUUCUUGUCGGACAGUACAAACCAGCUGAAUGGCCGCUCUGGAGUCUCAAUGUCUGGCUCAGCGAAGCAGUGACCAGCACCUGGGAAACUCUGUGCGAGCCACUUCUCGCGGCACAAUUGGUCGGCACUCCAUACAUCAACAUGUGUUUCCGCCUCAUGGGUGUCACUAUUGGCUCACGAGUCACCAUGCUGUCCUCUGACAUUACCGAAUACGAUUGCGUCUCUCUGGGCGAUGAAUGUAUCGUCAAUAGAGCUUGCGGUGCUCAAACCCAUCUCUUCGAAGAUCGCGUCAUGAAGGUCGGCAACGUGAAGCUUGGAAACAGGGCUUGUCUGAAGCCGUUCUCUGUCUGUCUUCCUGGUAGUACCAUUGAAGAUGAAGGUCAGCUUGGCAGUUUGAGUUUGCUUAUGAAGGGAGAGGUUUUGCCUAGAGGCACUGCAUGGGAAGGUGCACCUGUUGUUCCUCGCGCGAGGAGAUAA